AACAGAUCUAACAUUUUAAAUUUCUUUUUGCUCCAAAAGUCCUCGUAAAUUUUGCGAGCACAUGACACCCCAUUUGCAAUUUUGAAUGAAGUCGUUGUGGGGAGAGAUGGGCUUCAGUCAUUCAGAUGAUGGGUUUGAAUAAAGUUUUCAAUGCUUGAAGCGGUGAGACAGAAGUUGAUGACUCCACUGGAGUAGCUAAGUCAGUUCAUCUACUUCAACCACCUGUUAACUCCGUAGUACCCAUGCCAGAACAGUCAUGAAAUUGAAUGCUCACCCGUCUCUUUCUACCAUCAUCAUCACCACCUCCUCCUUCUAGUGAAAAACAUAGGCAUAUAUAUUCCCGAUUCCUCAAUCCUCUCCGUUUCUUCGGCCUAAUCUUAGCUAACUUGAACGACCCACAUUCAAUUAAGAUUCUUUCUGGGGUUUUCUUAUUUAAUUCCUCCCAACAAGACCCAUCAUCCCUUGGAUCCCCUCGUCUCUUCUCUUUCCUACUAGAGAGAAUCACUUUGGUGCAGAUGGCGGCCUGUCUCAUGGAACAGCUCAAAGCUCAACCCUCUUGGGUGGUUCUGCUCUUGGUUCUGGGUUCUCUGUCUCUGUUCAAGGUCACGUUUGCUCUUCUCAAGUGGGUAUACGUUACUUUUCUGAGACCUGCUAAGAAUCUGAAAAAAUACGGGUCAUGGGCUCUCGUGACCGGGCCAACCGACGGCAUAGGAAGGAGCUUCGCCUUUCAGUUGGCCCGGAAAGGUCUCAACUUGGUCUUGGUUGGUCGCAACCCUGAUAAGCUCAAGGAGGUUUCCGAUGCAAUUCAGGCAAAAUUUGGGAAAACCCAGAUCCGGAAUGUUGUUGUCGACUUCGCUGGAGAUCUUUCGGAGGGGAUUAAGCGGAUCCAGGAGGCCAUUGAAGGGUUGGACGUUGGGGUUUUGAUAAAUAAUGUCGGGAUUUCGUACCCUUACGCUAGGUUCUUCCAUGAAGUGGAUGAACAGCUUCUGAAAAAUCUUAUUCAAAUCAACGUCGAGGGCACCACAAAGGUUACGCAGGCUGUUCUUCCGGGGAUGCUUAAGAGGAAGAAAGGUGCAAUUGUCAAUAUUGGCUCGGGCGCUGCCAUUGUCAUACCUUCAGAUCCUCUCUAUGCCGUUUACGCUGCCACCAAAGCGUAUAUCGACCAGUUCUCCAGAUGCCUCUAUGUGGAAUACAAGAAAAGUGGGAUUGAUGUGCAAUGUCAGGUCCCGUUGUAUGUAGCAACAAAGAUGGCGUCAAUCAGAAAAUCUUCCUUCUUGGUACCAUCAACAGAUGGGUAUGCUCGGGCUGCUAUGCGCUGGAUAGGCUAUGAACCACGAUGCACGCCUUACUGGCCACACUCUGUUCUAUGGAGUUUGGCAUAUUCAUUGCCAGAAUCCAUCAUUGAUGCAUGGCGUCUUGGGUUCUGUCUUGGAAUCCGUAAGAAGGGGCAGCUGAAGGAAUCCAGUAAGAAGGAAUAGACAGUUUCAAUACCUUUUACGUUUUUUUAUCCUUGUUUCGGAGGGAGAUGGUCCAGUUUUUUUAGCUAUUUUAAUUGGUAAAUCUAUGUUGUCAAGACUGCAUAAUUCAAAUCUGUUGUGUUAUCCGUAUUUAAUGCAAUUUUCUAUUCAAAGAUCAA